AUAGCCGAAUGAAUCAUCGGUUAUCUUUUGUUUCUUUUUACAAUCUUCUCGUUUCAUUCCUGAAGUUGAUUCCGUUGUAGAACGAUCAGACAAAAGUCGAAGAACAGCCAUGUUGGGUAGUGUCGGUGAAAAAAGUGUAUGUUCCUAGAGAAAAACUCGCAGAUUUUUGUGCUUGUGUUGUGCAAUUUGUUAAGUGUUUGACAUAAUUUGGAUUAUGACCGCCGUAGCGGAGAACCUCAACUGGGGCACCGAGCUCUGGGACCAGUAUGACAACUUGUCCCUGCACACGUUGAAAGGAAUAGACUUUUUGGAAAAAUAUGGACAGUUUGUUAGGGAUCGAGCUAGUAUAGAAUGUGAAUAUGCUACAAAAUUAAGGAGACUAGUCAAAAGUUAUCAGCCUAAGAAAAAGGACGAAGAUGAUUACCAAUUUACUUCCUGUAAGGCAUUUCGAGCCUUAAUGAACGAAGUAAACGAUUUGGCAGGCCAGCAUGAGUUAGUUGCUGAAGAUUUACAAGCGAAUGUGAUAAAGGAAUUGACGGCGCUAGUGAAAGAUUUAAAAGAAGAAAGAAAAAAACAGCUCCAGGAAGGCUUACGACUAUCCCAAACACUACAGGCUCAAAUCGAAGCUCUACAAAGGGCGAAAAAAGCGUACGACAAAGCGUACAGAGAAUCGGAAAAAGCGAUAGAAAGUUUUCAGAAAGCAGAUGCGGAUUUUAAUUUGUCUAGGGCCGAAGUCGAGAAACAGAGAUCGAACAUGUCACACAAAACACAAGUUUGCGAUUCCGCGAAAAACGAAUACGCACAGCAGUUACAAAGGACGAACGAACUGCAAAGGCAACAUUUUAGGUCUGGAUUACCAGAAGUUUUUAGGCAACUCCAAGAAUUAGACGAGAAAAGGAUAAAGAACAUAAAGAAUUUCUUUCGCGCGUCAGUGGACAUCGAAAGAAAUGUCUUUCCUAUUAUUAAUAAGUGUUUAGACGGUAUCCUUAAGGCUGCCGAUAUAAUUAACGAAAAAGAAGAUACAAUGUUAGUGAUAGAAAAAUUCAAAUCAGGUUUUCAACCUCCCGAGGAUUUCCCGUUCGAAGAUUUGUCGAAGGGGGGUAGUGAUUCCGGUAGUGCUAAUAACAUAAACAAUAUUCCAGCUAGUGGUAAAGUUAAAGAAGGAAGUUACACGGUGAAGGGGACGAUAACCAAUAAGGCGAUGAAGAAACGGACCGGAAUCUUCCACAUAUUCGGCAGUCGAGGGAACGCUGCAAUUUCGGACGGAAAGGAGGACUUAAGCGAGUUACCUCCCAACCAAAGGCGGAAAAAGCUGAUGCUCAAAGUGGAGGAGCUCAAGAAUAAAGUUGCUCAAGAGACGGCGACCAGAGACGGACUCAUGAAGAUGAAGGGCGUGUACGAGGCCAAUCCGGCGCUGGGAGAUCCUAGAACUGUCGAAAGUCAGCUAAAUGAGUGCAGUCACCGUUUGGAUAAGCUACAGCAGGAUCUAGCGCGGUAUCAGGCUUUCCUCGAGGAUACUAUCAAGGGUAUCCAGUCGGGUCACAACAAUUCUCUUACAAACUCUCCUAGGUUAUUGAACGGUUCGAGGCGUCGGAAUUCAGGAGGAAGUGCCGCAGAAGAAGAAUCGUUAAGUAGAUCAGCCAGUGAUAGCAGCGUAAAUCAUAACAACCACAAUAACCACAACCACAGCAAGCCCUCAGCUCCUGGAACGCCACAGAUGAACAACCACGGUUGUUCCAAUAGUCCCGAAAGUGGCCUGGGCACGUCGCACACGUCUCUGCCGGGCGCUGACUCCGACCCUGACCAAUACGAUGGCAACGGCGGCGAAAGCGAGUACUACGAAGCGGACCUGCUGCCAUCUAUCGGCACCUGCAAAGCGUUAUACCCAUUCGAAGCUACGAGUGAGGGUAGCAUCCCGAUGUCGCAAGACGAAGAACUCCACCUUAUCGAACUAGAUCAAGGUGACGGUUGGACUAGAGUGAGAAGAAUGCUAGGUGAUUUGGAAGAAGGUUUCGUGCCAACGUCAUAUAUAGAAUACACGUUGUUCAAUACUUAACUGCGGACAGAAACUAAGUUGAUAGCAAAAAGGGUGGUAACUUAAAAGUGUCGAAGAGCAUCAAUUUUUUGAAAUUGAGUAUAUUUUUGUAAAUUAUUUAUGCAAUAUUUAAAGAAAUGGUUGUUGGACGGUUAGAGUUUUGUAGAAGGUUGAAUGCAGUUUGUUACGAGUAUUUGUUACGUGUAUAUUCGAUCAUUUCUACCAGAACCCGAUGAAAAAUAUAAAUAAAUUCACGAUAGAUGAUUCUGCAUCGAUAAAACUACCAUCAUAAUCAUUUACUUAUUAUUAUAAUUAUUUCCCUUGAGACCAGGAAUUCAAAUUUCCUAUUUAGAAUGCCUGAAAUCUAUUUUUUGUGUUAUUAUUAUCUCUUGUGUUCUUGUAUACAUUCCUAAAGCUUCUCCUUCUUUGUCCUGUGUAAAUAUUUGAAAUUUACAAGCUGUUUUAGGAAUUUUGAGAAACUUACAUUGGACAAACGGGAAAAACUGUUAGAAAAGAUCAUUGAAACAUAAAAGAAUAUAUUUCAUGUGAGCAUUUAUGACAUUCCAGAAAAACUGAAAGCUUUACAAUAGGGAACUUGCACAUUUUUUUUUAUUACAUAAUAAUGUUCAGUUUUGUAUAAAAAUGAGAUUUCCAAAAUUUCACGCUUCAAAAACUCAUAAUAAUUUAGAAGUACAAAUUUAAAGUCUUCGGUAUCUUAAAAUAGGUCAAAUGGCCCGUGACGUCACUCAGUUUAACUGUAUGGUUCCGUUUAUGGUUAUAAUUAAGUAUAUUCUUCUUCUUCUUCUUUAGUUUAUUGGCCUCCACCUAUUUUGGUAUACCUCGUCGCGAAAUAAAGGAAAAAUAUUUAUAUUCUAUUAACAUUUAUCGUAUGUCAUUGUAAUAAUAUAUACCAGUUUGUUGACAUUGAAGUUUGAUAUAGUUAUUGAAGGAAAGAAAAGAAGAUUUACUACGGAAAAUAAAACCAUUUUGUAAAAGUACAGUUUUCUAUGAAUAGUUCAAACGAUCAAAACACUUGUAACUUCAAAUAAAUGUAUUUUCUACUGACGUUUAUAACGUCUAAUUUAAAAUUCUGUUUACUUUGUUGGAAAAAUAUAAAUGUACAAACGAAUGACGUCACGACGCGUUUUAGGCCACCUGUUUUAAUUUGAAUUUUUAAUCGCCUUUGGGGGCCAAACGAAAGACCUACAAAAAUUUUUUAUCUUUGAUACAUGUUUUAAAUUAUGUUCUGUUGUGAUUUAUAACAUUUUUUUCGAAUUUAAAAAUUUAUGCAAGUUCCCUAUUGUAACUAGUAGUUUGAGUACAUUUUUCUUUUUUCCUGGUGUAUAAAUACUUUACUCGAUUAAAACACUUUGAUACGAAACAAUCAUCGUGAUUUUAUUGAUACGUUUGUUGCAUUUGUGUCUAUUUUUGUUUGUUUUUAUUUAUUCAGCAUUUUUUUAAAACCUAAAAAUGACCAGUGAAUUUUUCUCUUGAUUCGAAAUGGAACCUUCUACAAAGUCCUCGAACCCAUGCAAUAUUUUUUUCCGUUUUAUUGUAUAUUUACAUAUUUUUAUAAACUGUAGUAGAUAAUCGAGAAAAAAAAAUCAUAUUAUUUACUUUUUUUUAUUUUUUACUAAAUGUUUACGUUAUUUCUUUUAUUGAACAAGAUAAUUUUAAAAAAACUUGCGAUCAAAGUAUUCCUUAGUCAUAUCUUUAUAAUGUGUUGCUUGUGCGCAGUAUGUGUGUGAAUACAGGGUUGGUCAAAAUGUAGGAGUUUGGUAUUUUUAUAGUUGUGUUAAUGGUUCAUUCCAUGUCAAAUCACUCAGGCAAAAACUUUUGGAUCUCCGAUUUUUCUAAAACUUGGCGUAUAGCUUUUGCGGGACGUAAAAAUACGAUAAUUAAAGUCAAAAAGUCUUCUUCUUUUUUUUCUGAAAAUGUUAUUUUAUGCAAUUUUACAGUGAUUUGGUGUUUAUUUAAACAAAUUUGCAUUUUCUAUCGUAAAGUAUCAAUGGAAAAAC